UAUGUUUUGGAAAUUCCACGUUUGCCUUCAAAUCUGACUGACAGGUCACUGUCCCUAUAAAAAGCAAGGACUAAGCCAGCACCUCACAAAAGGCACAGGAGGAACCUGCUCUGAUCCUGCCUCUGCUUAUCCCUGUCCAGGAUGAACAUCUCCACACUCUGCCUCUCCAUCAUCCUGGUUGCUGACCUCUUUUCUCAGGCCCUUCCUGCUCCAUUGGGGUCUGACAUGGCUUUAUGCUGCUUCAGCUACAUCUCACGAAAGCUGCCUCAGAGUCAUGUGCAGGAGUAUUUCUACACUAGCAGCAAGUGCUCCCAGCCAGCAGUUGUGUUUGUGACCAGGAAGAAGCGGGAGAUCUGUGCUAACCCUGAUUCCAGGUGGGUGAAGGAAUAUGUGAACAGCCUGGAGCUGCAGUGAGCACUGGAAGCUGAGAAGUCCUGCCAGACCACCCAUGAGAGUUUGGCACAGACCUAGAAAUGCUACUGCCAAGCACCAGGACCUGCUGAGCCACCUUGGGACCCUGGAAGUUUGUUUUGCCUUGCAAAGGUGUCAUUUAUCCACAAUAAUUCAGCUACACUUAGGGCAAACAUGAUGCUGAAGACCUCUUGGCCUUGCAGACCCAUCUUGGGGUGCCCUGCUGUGUGAUGUGGCUAAACUGAGCCCCACCUUGUGCCUCCACUGCUAGAAUGGGAGGUGGAUUUCAUCCCAGAGCUAUCUGUGGGUUGGAAUUAGCUCUGAGUGCUGUUUUAUGAGCCCAGGAUGAAUUUUCCUACUGAAUUUUGUAACGGUGCAGUAGAUGCUGUAAGAUCUGUCCCUAGAGAAGGAAGUGGUACCCUGGUUACUUACAGGAUGCUUGCUGUGGAACCACAGUGUUCAGCCUUAUUCUCAAACUGCUGUUUUGUGCUGGUGCCAAUGAAUAAAGCUGUUUUCUCUCUGUGUUA